AUGGUGACGUAUGGUGGCGUGUGGCAGCAUGUGACCCUCCUGGAGCGCGUGAAGGGCCUGUACACGGACCACAAGGGCAUCCCACCUUCUCUCGCUCUGCUCUGCACCCGUACCCUCCUAGAGCGCGUGAAGGGCCUGUACACGGACUACGAGGGCAUUCCGCCUCCCCUUGCCCUUGCAGCAACCCCUCAUUCUCCUCUCCCCCCUCUCCUUCCCCAGACCCUCCUAGAGCGCGUGAAGGGCCUGUACACGGACUACGAGGGCAUUCCGCCCGACCGCGUGGUGCCCACGGUGGGGCUAAACAUAGGGCGCGUGGAGGCGCACAAGGCGAAACUCAUCUUCUGGGACCUGGGCGGACAGAUAGGGCUGCGCACGAUAUGGGAGAAGUACUACGAGGAGGCGCAUGCAGUGAUCUACGUGGUGGACGCUGCCUGCCCCGAGAGAUUUGACGAUGCUAGAGGGGCGCUCGAGAAGGUGCUGAGACAUGAAGACCUGGUUGGAGCUCCAAUCCUGAUCUUUGCCAACAAGCAGGACCUGCCAGAGGCUGUGGGCGAGGAGGACUUGACGCACUGCCUGGAGCUGAGGGACCUCAAGGGGCGCUCCGCCAUGGUCAUGCCCGUGUGCGCCUAUGAUGGCACGGGGGUGAGGGAGGGAGUGACGUGGCUGGUGGAGGCAAUGAGGAAGAGCCAACGAGCAGACCUCAUAAAGCAAAGGGCAGAUGCUGCUGCUGCCUUCUGA